GUUUCCCUCCUUUUCACGGCACAGGAGGCGCUAUGGCGUGCAGGCAUCGAUAAUCACCGCCUAUACUCGACGGUAUCGACUGUUGCGAGGAUCUGAGGUGUCCUCCCGAGGUUGCGUGGCAGCGUGGUGGCCUGCCUGACCCUGCAGCAUGGUAACUAACGGAGCGCAGACCCGACGGCAUCUGCACGCACUGUGCAGGAGAUGUAUCGAUUGAUGGGAUGGAUGGAUCACGCCCGCCUGCCUUUGUCUGUGUGUGUUUGUUUGUCUGUGUGCUGCUGUUUGUUGGCGUGGCGCCACACCAGCUGUUCUUCAGUUUCUUCCAGACGCUGGUGGAGAGGAAUGCGCAGGUGACGGUGGAGCUCAAGAACGACCUGUGCAUCACAGGCACACUGCACUCAGUGGACCAGUACCUGAACGUCAAGCUCAACAACGUCACCGUCAAUGACCCCGAGAAGUACCCACACCUGGUCAGUCAGUCAGCCACUCAGUCGCUCACUCAGGCAACACUCACGCAGAUCGACACAUGGGGGCGGAUGUGUGGUGUGUGCGUGUUUGUGGCUUGCCGUGCCUGGCCUACAGAUGUCGGUGAAGAAUUGCUUCAUUCGGGGGUCUGUGGUUCGGUACGUCCACUUGCCGCCGUCAGAGGUGGACACCGAGCUGCUGCAGGACGGCUGCAGGAAGGAGUGCAAGCAGGGGCUGUCUGGGCAGCAGAAAUGACCGACCGACUGACACACCGAAUGUGAUGCAU